CAAAGGGAAACACCACGUAAAUGCCAUCAUAGAUGAUGAUUUCUGGCAAGUGGUGAGAAAUGAAACGCUUGAGGAAGGAAACUUCGAAAUCGAAAGCUCCAUGAGUCUCGGCGGAUCCCAAUGGUGUCGACCGAUGUCGAUGAACUCACAUCGAUCGACAGACCAUGACGAAGAUCGAUGGACGGAUUACUCCAGUCAUCGAUCGACUUCGUCUACUGAAUCGACUGAUUGCAAUGUGGUUCGAAUUCUAAAACUCAUGAAGAAUUCACAGCUAAGCAUCCUCACCCACCCUCCCCUUUCUAUGAUAAAAUCGAUCGAUCGGUUGAGCCAACCAUUGGUGAUCCCUAAAGUGGCAUUUUCUUGUGGUUGUCUUUAUCAUCAGCCUUUGUUCUUCAAGUUUCUAGCCACAUAACUCAUAGUAGUGUGAAUAAUUUGCAUCCUAGUACUGUUCAUCGCGAUACUAUUCAUUGCCACACUAUUUACCUACCGUCGAUCGACACUAUUCAAAUUCCAUCGAUCGACACUAUUCAUGUCUCGUCGAUCGAUACUGUUCAUCUUAACACUGUUCAUCACGAUACUAUUCAUCGCGACACUAUUUAUCUCCUGUCGAUCGACACUGUUCAUAACGUGUCAGUCGACACUAUUCAUAUCCCUUCGAUCGACAUUGUUCAUCCCGUGUCGGUCGACACUAUUCAUCUUCCGCCGAUCAACACUGUUCAUAACGUGUCAGUCAACACUAUUCAUGUCCCGUCGAUCGACACUGUUCAUCCCGUGUCGGUCGACACUAUUCAUCUUCUGCUGAUCGACACUGUUCAUCCCGUGUCAGUUGACACUAUGCAUAUUCCGCUGAUCGACACUGUUCAUGUUCCAUCGAUCGACACUGUUCAUCUUGUGUUGGUCGACACUAUUCAUCUUCCGUCGAUCGACACUGUUCAUAUUCUGUCGCUUGACACUGUUCAUCUGAACAUUGUUCAUCGCGAUACUGUUCAUCUGAAUACUGUUCAUCGUGACACUGUUCAUCGAAACAUUAUUCCUCUGAUGACGAACACCACUUACGGAGAGACAGAGAAGGUCGAAGCGCUCAUACUUAAUAUCGACAAGAAAGGUAUUUGGCGAGACGAAGAAGGUCGCCCUUGCAGCCGCACAGGACAAUUGAUUAAUGCAGACGGUAAUGAAAUCCCUGAUGUAAUUGCUGUUGCUGAGAUGAAUACCUUUGAUCUGACAAGCCAAUGUUAUAAUUGGGGAAGUGAGGAUAUUUUCCGAGGUCUUCCUCAUGAAAAUCCCAGAAACCACAUCGAAGAGCUUGAGGGUCUAGUUUCAAGGCGUAAGAAGAAACAAAUAUCUGAAGACCUCAUACUCUGCAAGAUUGUCCCUUAUACUAUCUCUGGAGAUGCUUUUAGCUGGUUCAGUAAGCUGCAGCCAAGAUCUCUAACCUGCUGGGAAGACAUCAAAGGCGCCUUCCUAGGUAAAUUUUUUAGCGAAGCUGUAGCAACUCGAAGUAAAAGGUUUGAUUACAUGGUGGACAAGAUGAUUGAAGAUCACAAGAAAGGAAUAAUCACUAGUCUUAGUCAGAUUAGUAUUAGUCAGAUUAUGGAUUUUGCCUAUAGCGAGCAGGAUGAAGAUAUUGGAAUCCCGACCACUCAUGUCGAGCAGCCAGACAUUCAGGUUCACCAUGCAGAUGAGAGUAAGCAGAAGGACGAACUGGUCAACCAUGAUGAUGAAUAUCAUGUAUCAGGAGAGCAGAGCAAAGUAGAAGAAGCUGAUAAAAAAGAUCCGACUUCAGCAUCGAUCGACAGUAGUAACUCAGAAUCGAUCGAUAUCCGCACUUCAGAAACGAUCGAUACAAAUAUUUGUCAUCGAUCGAUACCAUCUACAAUCCCUGAUACUACCACUGUUUAUGUUAGGAGUGGACGACCGAAGGCAAUUAGAGACAAUAACAGUCCUGAGGAUGCUUAUGCUAAAAGUUCUGCAUUGCGUCGUUCAGCACUUCAGAAUACUGUCCUUGAGCUGCACCCUGCAUAUAUCUCUCUUGUGGGUCAACAUUCUUUCCAUGGUUUUCCUCAUGAAGAUCCCACUAGCCACUUGGAGACAUUUGUAGAUCUAGCAUCGACCAUCAAAUGCAAUGGAGUCUCUGAAGACUACUAUUUAUGCAAAUUAUUCUCAUACUCUCUUGCUGGGGAUGCAGCUCAUUGGUUGAAGAAGCUACCACCAGGAUCUCUCACUACCUGGAAUGACAUCAGAUACGCCUUCCUCAACAAAUUUCUCUAUGAUGCUGCAGCAAAUCUAGAGAUUGAGAUAAGGCAUAUGCUGGAAUAUAUGGUGGAGGAUGAUGAGCAACAUGAGUCUGAAAAGCUGAGCACAGUAGAAGUAGCUGAUAUUAGUGACACGAGCUCAUCAUCGAUCGACACCCUUACCAUAACAUCUAUCGUCCCCCCCACCUCAUCGUCGAUCGACCCCAGUACCUCAGAAAUGAUCGACACAGACUUUUGUCAUCGAUCGAUUCCACUUGAAAUCCCUGAAAGAUCGAGUUGUCCUCAGGACAUUGCAAACUCGACACAGGAGAGCAUCAAUGAAUCAAGCUGUGAUCUUACCUCAGAUGUAGACAAAGUCACUCUGAAAGACUUUCUGGAGUUGGAAGAAUGGCUUCGGCAGAAGCUUGAUGAUCAGCCCGCUUCGGGAAAAGGUCUGGAAAGUUCCUUAAAGCCUGACGACAUCGACCGACAUAAACCUGAUGAGAUCGAUCGACACCCACCCUACGACAUCGAUCUACAGUUGCCGUCUAACAUCAAUCAACAUACACCCGACUGUAUCGCUCGAUACCCACCCGAUUGCAUCGAUCGACACCCAUGUUUGGAUGAACUAUCAGGAUACAUGAUUGAACCAGAACUGGUUGGAGGAAAAGAACACACGUCUGGAGCCUCACACCUUGCUGUCCCUGAAAAUCUAAGACCACCUCUAUGCGAAGAAGAAGCUGUUGGGAUUUGCAAAAGAGAGAAGAGGAUACAUGAUCCUGUGAAGUUUGUUGUUCCAUAUGAAGUGUUUGAAGCUGAAUCUCCUAUCCCACCAGAUAAAAGUAUGGAGUUAAGUUCCUAUGGUGGAGUAUUUGAUGAUAAUAAGUAAGUAGAAGCUUCUCAAAGAGGGCUGCGAUUUAGAGAUGUAGUAGAUAACUGCCCAGCAGAAAUACCAUCGAGCGACAUCAACAGAACAAAAUGGAUUGACACUAUCAUUUCAUCAUCGAUCGAUACCGGUCAGAUACCAUCGAUCGACACCAGAUGCGAAUCAGAGCAGAAUGAGUAUGAAUUGUGUGGAAAUAUUUUGUAUGGAGAUACCACCAUGCAUUCAGACAAGUCUAGGGAAAAGAAGUGGAGGAACUGGAAGAAGAAAAAGAGAAUCAAUGAAGGUUCUCAGAUAUCAUUGAUUCCUCACUUCUCAGAUGAUGCCAGGAAGUCCAGAGUGAGAUUACACAAGUCUGUGGGAAAGAAGGGGAGAAAUUGGAAGAAGCGGAAACGAACCAAAGGAGGUUCUCAAUUACCAUUAACUCCUUACUUUUCAGAUAGUAUCAGAAAAUCAAGAGUGCGCAGCACAUGCUUCUCACAUCCAUAUGCAAAACUUAGAGCACUCCUUAUUGUUGAAAUGAUAGACAAAGGAGAAGGGUCUAUGGAGGAGGCUUUCAUACAAAAAUGAUAAAGCUUCAAAGAGUAGACAUUGAGACUUGGUUUGGAGCAAGUUCUCAUUCUUAUCCGGACUUAAUCAGAUCUCCAGAAGUCAAGCUAAUGACUAAAAUUAAGCGCUGAAUGGGAGGCAACCCAUUGUUAGGUUUGUUUUAUAUAUGGUUUAAUUUUCAUUUAUUACUGAUUUUUCUUGUUUUCUAAUGAUUUCAGGUUAAAAAAAAAUGUUUUAUUUAUGUUAGGUACAAGGAAAAGAUCCGAGGAAGACGAGUUUCAUAGAAAUCGACGAUGGCUAGCUAACAUCGAUCGACAGAGUAUCAAGGGUAUCGAUCGCCACUUAACUGUGUUGGUCAAUAUUCACAUCAAAGUUAGGUAUAUUGUUCUUCCUUGUUAAAUAUUGUCCGUAUGAUUUAUUCUCCCACCGAUCUUAGGCUGAAUAACAUUGGUCACAAUGUUAUUUAAGCCUGGGGGAGGUUACAUUAAUAUUAGGUUUUAGUUAGAUGUUUAGAAUAGGGACCCUAGUAAACGAUUGCCAUGAUAUCGACCGACGAGAACAAGUCGAUAUCGAUCGGCAUUGCUACAUCUUCCACGUUUACAUCAAUCGACAUCCAUUCCGGUCAGGUAUAUCAUUUUAACUUGUUAAAUUGAGUACUUAUGAUUUAUUUACACCAUAACUCCGAUUGGAUAUACACUGGUCACAGCGUUAUCUAAGUCUGGGGGAGGUUCUACUGAUAUUGUGUUUUAGUUAUGAAAAAAAAAAAAAACACUGAUCCAUGUAGACGAUUACUCAGAUCAUUGACCGAUGAGACCAUCUCGAUAUCGAUCGACAAUGCUUCAUCAACAACGAUCGAUUGUCACUCCAUUGUAUCGAUCGAUACUGAGCAGGUUAUCGUUCUUACUUGUUAAAUUUUGUACUUCUACUUUAUGAUUUUCACCUUACCACCGACUGUGUUACACUGGGGACAGUGUAAUUUAAGUCUGGGGGGAUUACUAACGUUUAUCUACCUUUAUGAGUAUUAUUUAAAAUAUUUUCAAAACUGUUUUUAUUGAGUCAAGAAGGGGAUAAUGAACUUAUUAGAUUCAUGCUUGUUAUCUAACCACUCUUUAGCACCAUUCUAGACUUACUGAUUGCAGAUAGUACUGAAGAUACUAAAGUGGAUCAACCUGUCAACUAUGUUCACACUUGCUGAGAUUGUUUGA